AUGGAGAAGAUGAGUGAUGAUGUCGAGGAAGAGGAGGACAGAGCAAAGUCUGUCAUGUCUGACUGUCUGUCUAUGAAGAGUGACUGGUCUAAAGGUCUUCCCAUAGAAUUCAGGAAAGAACCAGGACCCUCAGAGGAGGGCAGAGCAAAGUCUGUCAUGUCCGACUGUCUGUCUAUGAAGAGUGACCGGUCUAAAAGUCUUCCCAUAGAAUUCAGGAAAGAAACAGGACCCUCAGAUUCACAGUAAGAGAAACACUUUUCAACCUCCAAACUGUCGAACGACAAUAAUUUAUAUUUCAAAAACAAAACUUUAAAUUCUGACCCCUCUGUUUUCUACCAUGGUGAGAAAAAUGAUCUCCUCUGCUCUCAAAACGCUGAUUUUCCUCUUAAACCUCCAACCUGGAUAAAGGGCUGGUGAAGAAAAAGUCACUGAGCACAGAUUUACUUAUUAUUCAUCAUGUUGAUAAAAAUGAAGGUCGUAUAAAACAGCAUCUGAAAAGGAUUCUGACCUCUGUAUUUUCUGAUUUGGUUCCUGUGUUUGGGACGUUUUGAGUCUGUAAGUCUUUGGACUGUGGUGUAUAGACCCCAGAAAACAGUCUGUGGGUCCCAAAAUACCAGAAGACCAAUGAAGUAAUAAAUCCUGAGAAAUGGAAACGAAUUCAAAGCAUCUGUCUGUUAUUAGACCUUCAGAUCUGAUUGGUUAAAAAAAUGUUUUAAACUGUCAGAGAAAAUCUCUCCACCAUCAAAAAUCACAGUUUAGUUUUUCUCCUGUCUCCACACUUUCAGGCAGCAGCAGCUGAAUAUUUUACAGGAGAUUGUUUUAUGUUCGAGAAAAGAGUGAGGUCAAACUCUGGUUUAAUAAAUGAUUCUUAUUCUGUAUCUUUCAAACAUGAAAUGAUAAAGAAAAUAAAUGUUCUUUAUUUCCACAGAGAGACACAGAGAUGUGACUCUGUGGAGGAGCAGCUGUCCAGCUGUUCUUUAUGUCAGGACGUCCUGAAGGAUCCAGUCUCUACCCGCUGUGGACACAGGUUCUGCAGACAGUGCCUUGCCUCAUGCAGGGACCAGUCUACUUCUUUAGGAUACACCUCCUGUCCCCAGUGUGGAAAAAGAACCAGAACAGCUCUUGUCUCUCAGACAGACAGUCAGUCCAGCUCUGAUGGAAGUAAGUCUGAACAUCUGUCCUCUAAAGUCUCUGUGGAUGAAAACUCAGCUGACUGAUUUUCACAAAGACGUUUUCGUGUUGAGCAGUUUGGUUCAUUUGAUUUUUCUUCUCUUUCAGCAGAUGGCGGUCUGCAGGAGGUUUUAGAUGAACAUAAGAUCAGUCUGAAGAGGAGAUGUGAACGUGUGAAUGAAGGAAGUGAUGGAACAGGAAGUAGUCAAACCCUCCUCAACAGGAUCUUCACUGAGCUCUACAUCACAGAGGGACUGAGUGAAGAGGUGAACACCCAACAUGAGGUGAGACAGCUGGAGACCACUUCAAAGAUGGAGACCCUCCAUGACACGCCCAUCAAGUGUCAUGAGAUCUUUAGAGUCUUACCAGGUCAACAGGAAGUGGUCAGAGUGGUUCUGACCAACGGCGUGGCUGGUGUUGGAAAAACCUUCUCAGUGCAGAAGUUCACUCUGGACUGGGCAGAGGGUUUGGAGAACCAAGACCUCAGUCUGGUGAUCCUGCUUUCAUUCAGGGAGCUGAACCUGAUCAGAGAUGAGCGCUUCAGUCUUCUGAGUCUGCUCCAUGUUUUCCAUCCAACACUAGAGAAGGUCACAGCAGAGACGCUGGCUGUCUGUAAACUUCUGUUCAUCUUUGACGGUCUGGAUGAAAGCAGACUGUCUCUGGAUUUCACAGACUCUGAGGUCCUGUCUGACGUCACACAGAAGUCUUCACUGAACGUUCUGGUAACAAACCUCAUCAAGGGGAACCUGCUCCCCUCAGCUCUCAUCUGGAUAUCUUCUCGACCUGCAGCAGCCAAUCAGAUCCCUCCUUCACGUGUGGACAGGGUAACAGAAGUACGAGGCUUCACUGACGCCCAGAAGGAGGAGUACUUCAUGAAGAAGUUCAGAGAUGAAGAUCUGUCCAGAAGGAUCAUCUCACACAUCAAGUCCUCCAGGAGCCUCCACAUCAUGUGUCAGAUCCCGGUCUUCUGCUGGAUCACUGCGACAGUUCUGGAGGACAUGAUGAGCAGAGAGCAGAGAGGAGAGCUGCCCAAGACCCUGACUGACAUGUACUCACACUUCCUGCUGGUCCAGACUAAGAGGAAGAAGCAGAAGUAUGAAGGAGGACAUGAGACAAGUCCUCAGGAGCUGACUGAGGCUGACAGUGAAGUCCUCCUGAAGCUGGGGAGGCUGGCCUUUGAACAUCUGAAGACAGGAGACAUCAUGUUUUACCAAGAAGACCUGGAGCGGUGUGGUCUGGAUGUCUCAGAGGCCUCGGUGUACUCAGGAGUUUGUACAGAGAUCUUUAGAAGAGAGAGUGUGAUCUUCCAGAAAACUGUUUACUGUUUCGUUCAUCUUAGUGUUCAGGAGUUUCUGGCUGCAGUCUACAUGAUCCACAGUUUCACAAACAGGAACACAAAAGUUCUGAAGACUUUCCUAAGAGGCAACAAACACAAAGACGAACUGGAUGACUUCCUGAAGAGAGUCAUGAUGAAAUUCCUUUUCAGUAAAAAUGGCCACCUGGACCUGUUUGUUCGCUUCCUUCAUGGACUCUCUCUGGAGUCAAACCAGAGACUCUUAGGAGGUCUGCUGGGUCACACAGACAACAGUCCAGAAAUGAUCCAAAGAGUCAUCAACAACCUGAAGGAGAUGAACAGUGAAGAUAUCUCUCCUGACAGAAGCAUCAACAUCUUCCACUGUCUGAUGGAGAUGAACGAUCUGUCAGUUCAUCAGGAGAUCCAAAAGUUCCUGAAGUCAAAGAACAGAUCAGAGAAGAAACUCUCAGAGUUCCACUGCUCUGCUCUGGCCUACAUGCUGCAGAUGUCAGAGGAGGUUCUGGAUGAGUUUUACUUAAAGAACUAUAACACAUCAGACCAGGGACGACUGAGACUGAUCCCAGCUGUGAGGAACUGCAGAAAGGCUCAGUAAGUCCAGGUUUUAUUCUCAGAAUAGUGUAAAUGAUCCCUGUAGUUCUUCUAAUGUCCACGUUACUGAUGAUGUUCUUCUUCAAAUAAAAAUCAACUCAAAUAUCAGGGAGGGGGUUUCUUUAGGUUUGGCAAAAACAUGAUCCUGGUGUCUAAAGUCCUAUGAGCCCAGGAUGAGGUCUACCUGUGGACCCCUGAGAGCUUGUCCUAAUUGUGGAGGACCUCUUUGUUUUGAGUCGUGUCUGUAAUGAAUAAAGUCGAACUUUCAGGACAAAUCAGCGACCAUAACUGAGGACACACAGAGGUCUUCUGAUGAUGGUAUCAGUCCAGAUCAACAUCUCAGUCAGUUGUGGUGAACUUGAGUUUGAAGAAGGUGUCUGCAGCUUCUUCCUGCUGGUUUUCAGGUUGGAAAUGAUGAAUCUGUUGUAAAUGAGGGUGUUGACAGCAUUGAUGGUGAAAAUAGAACUGGAUCAUUUUCUACACAGUGGCAGAACUGUCUCUGUACCAUCAUGUUCAUCAUUCAGUAUUCAUUAUCAAUACAACCAUGAAAACUAACAUCAUUUUCCACCACUCACUGGAGAUUAUCUGGUGGACUAGAACAUAUGAAUGAUGAGAACACAGGAGUUAUUUGGACAGCAGCUCCAUGUGUCUGAAAACAAUGGUGGAUCUUAAUGUCUCUCUCUCUCUCUCUCUCUCUCUCUGUCUCUCUCUCUCUGCCCUCGGUGCUGCAGGUUGGCACUGACACUAGUCUGCCUCAUAACACCCCAUAGCAUGUGGAAACAGCCGUGCUCUUCCACUGUAUAUAUGGACACCAUGUCUCUAAGGAGAAGCAGUGUGACUGCAUCAUCAUCAUCAUCAUCAUCAUUUUUUCAUGGUGUCCCUUUGUUGUCAUGGUGAUGCAGAGUGAAGAUGGUUCCUCUAAUGUUGAGGUGUUGGUGGGCUGUAGCAGUCACAUUUCUCCCACUCGGCUGCACGCCUCUGUUUAAGAUGUUGAUGUAAAUUGGUCAGACUGCUGCCUUCUGCUGAAACAGCCUUUAAACAAACACUGCAGCAGACUGGGGUUUGAUCCAGGUCUGAGUCUGUGAGACUGAACCAGGUCUAAAGGACUAACAAGACGGACUUUUUUAGGGAGCAGAAAAGUCCGUUUUUGACCAUAACUAGCAUGACUGUCAUUAGGUUGAAUUAAUACAGGUACACAUAUUGAUCCUCCAUGUUGAUAUUAUCAGGACUCAUUAUUGAUACCUCACUUCAUGAUUUAGUUUAAACAUUUAAAAAAGUCAUGGAAAUAUCUUCAAAUAUGAAUCUGUUUUAUUUCCUCUGACUCCAAAUGUUUCUUUCUUCAUGAAACACACAAACUAGUAAAAUUCAAUCUGUUAUUUUUAUAGGAGUCAUGAGAACGUACGCCCCCUAGAGUUACAUGGAGAAAAAACUUUAAUUGUGAAAACAAAGAAAUCUUCAACUUUUCAAAUGUUCAGAGUCAAACCAGCUCUAACCUGCUAAAAAACGAUUUGAUCUGAACCAAUCAUAGGAAAAGGAGCUGCUGUGAUUUAGUGAGUCGUCCUCUGAUUGGUCAACAGUCAGUGUCUAUGGAAAGACUUACAUUACAGCAGGAUGUCAACAUUAAACACUGAGAGGAGCACUGAUUCUCCAAGAGGUACUUUGGAUAUCAAUACCAAUCACAUACCAGGACCAAAAACCUGGUUCUCAGUCCCCUUCUCCAACCAGAACUCAAGAAUUCACACAAUCAUAAUGAUCCAGCUGCACUAACAUGAAGACAACACUGUUAGAGAACAGAAUGACUAAAAUAAGUCAUGGAGUCAUUUGUCUUGAACAUCUGAACAGUUUUUUUCUUCUAAACUUUGACUUCCUGUCUUCUCUCAUGGCUGUGGUCCUGAUAUUAGUAUCUGUCUGGUUAAAAACAGGCCGUCUGUCAAACCAAAGAUCAUGUUUAAGUUGUUUUUGGUGAAGAGAAACAUCAAAUUACCCUUCAAUGAAAUAUUGUUUGAUAUUUAUGUUGUUACAGAUUUUAUAACUGUGGACUCUCAGAGACUCACUGUGAAGUUGUGGCCUCAGCUCUGAAGUCCAACCCCUCCCAUCUGAGACAUCUGGACCUGACCUCAAACAAACUGCAGGAUUCAGGAGUGAAGCUUCUCUCUGCAGGACUGGGGAGUCCAAACUGCAGACUGGAGACUCUGAUGUGAGACACCAUUUCCUUCUGAUCCAACAAUAAGAUGUGACAGUUGCUGCCUUAGAUUUUUCUCUGUGGUUUUUCCAUCAACUUUGGUCGAGCAGUUUGAAUUUGUCGUUGUAAAACUCCAACACAGGAAGAAAAAUCUGACAUUUCCGAGUCGACUUUGAGGAGAACGAUGGAUGUAGAAAGGAAGCAGGAGAAAAUCAGUCCCACAAAUAUUACACAUGCUUGUAGAGGGCAGGAGCAGCACAGACUAAAGGCUGAUAUUGAACUGAUCCACAGUUAAUGUGAUCACUGAUGAAUGAAUGAAGUGUCAGAGAAAUGAUGAGCUGCAGAUUGAAACCUGAAGAACAAAGUUAAUCCAACUCUGGAUAUUUCAUUUGAAUGAAACUCUUGAAAACUUGAAUUUCUUCUUUGCUCAGUCGUAUUCAAAUGUAAAAACCAGAUCCAGAUUUUUCUGCAGUUUUCACUUCAGUUUGUUGAACAUUAACAUCAUCUUGUCCAGUUGGUCCAUAAAAACCUCUUUGAUCAAUGAUCUGUUGGUUUAUUUAAGAGUAGUUUGACAGUUGUUGACAGCAGACAGACAGAGCCCUGAAUCUACUCCUGACUAUUUUAAUCUUCAUGAAGAAUUCAGGACUACAAGAAAACCUUUGAGAUUUCUCACAUUAGUUUCUGAGGAUCUCACUAAAGUUUUCUGUUUCUUUAAAAUUUUCUUGACUGAAAAAUUCCUCACGAUCUUCAAAAAGUUUGAAGAGGAUUGAACAACGUUCCUCAAGAUCAACUCUGAAAAAGUUCUCCUUCCAUGUCCUUCAGGGGCUCAAGAACAUUAAAUCAUUAAAAGCAGGAACAGUUUCUUCAGAGGUUCAAUGAUUUUUUCUCUUUUUUUCAGACUGUGGAGCUGCAGUUUGUCAGCGAUUAGCUGUUCUUCUCUGGCCUCAGCUCUGAAGUCCAACCCCUCCCAUCUGAGACAUCUGGACCUGAGUUUCAACAAGCUGCAGGAUUCAGGAGUGAAGCUUCUGUGUGACUUUCUGCAGAGUCCAAACUGUAAACUGGAGACUCUGAAGUAAGUUUAGUCUUUGUCUGUUUCUGGUGUAGAUUUUUAUGUUUAUUCAGUUUUUUUAACCCAAUUCAAAUGUUCAUAGAAUUCUUGAAUAUUUCCAGAACUUUCUUCUUACUCACAUAAAUUCAUAGUUUUUAUUGAAUCAGCAGUCAGAUACAGAUGGAGGAAAAUGAGCACUGUGAGUUAUUUUGUUGAUUGAAUGUUGAUGAUUUUUUAUAAAUGGUUCAGAUGAUCACUGCAGUGAUGUUGACGGGUUUACUUCCUGUGUCUCUAAAGCUUUCAAAUGUUCAAGGAUGCAGUGAACUCACUAUCCAUGCAGCUCAGGAACACAGCUCAUCUUUAGAGACACAGACAGAGACACAGACAGAGAGACACAGACAGAAAGACACAGACAUGGAUUUCCACUUUGUCACUUUGCUCCAAUGACUGAAGUCACAAAAACAAAGUUUUCUUUGUCACUUUUAUGAUUGAACCAAAUACGUUAAAGAUCCAUACUCUCAGAUUUUCUUCUUCCCAAUAUUAUUUGAACCAUUUAGAUUUUUCUUCUGAUCAAUAUUCAAUUAUCAGAUUUAUCAGGUUCCUGUUUUGGCUCCACUGCCUCUUUUCUGCCAGCUCAAUAACUGGUCAUAUGGUUUGAAAGGUUCCUGCAGCAAAACCCGAUUAGAGAGUGGACUAAAUGAAAUGUGAGUGAACUCAGCCAUCAGUGAAUAAAUGACAAAGUGAGAGGAAGAGUGGAUCAGUCUGCUGUCUGACCUUGUUGAUCCUGAUGAAGGUGAGGGAGAAGAGUAAAGCAGUAAAGGUGAUGUUGUUGCAGACAGAGUCAGCUGACCUGUCUCAUCAGAGUCUCAUCCAUUCUCUGUUUGGCAGAGCGCUGAUGUUACAGUCUGAGAGCACAUUCAGGUUCAGCUUCACAUGGGCUGGAUCUGCUAAAUACAAACUCUUGAGACCAGCCUGGUUGAGGGAGGUCGGCUCAGUGUCCUGGGUGACUCAGCACAUUCAGCUCUCACUGAGCUCUUCUUGGUUGAGAGUAUUUCUGGUUUGUCUCUGACUUCCAUGAACUCAGUUCUGGAGUAUUGCUGGCUGGUCCGGUCCGGUGCUGACAGUAGAGACAACACAGUCUGUUAUUCUGGGUUGAUUCUUAUUGUUGUUAUUGUCUGUUAUUUUACAUGGAGGGUCAGAGCAGACCAGAUAAUGAGCUCUGACAGACUGGAUCUGGUCCAAAGGUCUCCUGUUGGAGUUCUCUAAGCUCCAUGUUUUAAACCUGAACACCUGAAGUUUGAUUAUUAAUUAUUUUUAUCUUCAUUCGCUUUCCUUUUUUCAGACUGUGGGACUGCAGUUUAUCAGAGAUCAGCUGUUCUUCUCUGGCCUCAGCUCUGAAGUCCAACCCCUCCCAUCUGAGACAUCUGGACCUGAACAGAAACAAACUGAAGGAUUCAGGAGUGAAGCUGCUCUCUGCAGGACUGGAGAGUCCAAACUGCAGACUGGAGACUCUGAAGUCAGACACCAUUUCCUUCUGAUCUGACAAUAAGAUGUGACAGUUCUGACUUAGAUUUUUCUCUGUGGUUUUACCAUCAACUUUGGUCGAGCAGUUUGAAUUUGUUGUUGUAAAACUUCGACACAGGAAGAAAAAUCCGACAUUUCAGAGUCGACUUUGAGGAGAACGAUGGAUGUAGAAAGGAAGCAGGAGAAAAUCAGUCCCACAAAUAUUACACAUGCUUGUAGAGGGCAGGAGCAGCACAGACUAAAGGCUGAUACUGAACUGAUCCACAGUUAAUGUGAUCACUAAUGAAUGAAUGAAGUGUCAGAGAAAUGAUGAGCUGCAGAUUGAAACUUGAAGAACAAAGUUAAUCCAACUCUGGAUAUUUCAUUUGGAAACUCUUGAAAACUUGAAUUUCUUCUUUGCUCAGUCGUGUUCAAAUGUAAAAACCAGAUCCAGAUUUUUCUGCAGUUUUCACUUCAGUUUGUUGAACAUUAACAUCAUCUUGUCCAGUUGGUCCAUAAAAACCUCUUUGAUCAAUGAUCUGUUGGUUUAUUUACGAGUAGUUUGACAGUUGUUGACAGCAGACAGACAGAGCCCUGAAUCUACUCCUGACUAUUUUAAUCUUCAUGAAGAAUUCAGGACUACAAAAAAACCUUUGAGAUUUCUCACAUUAGUUUCUGAGGAUCUCACUAAAGUUUUCUGUUUCUUUAAAAUUUUCUCGACUGAAAAAUUCCUCUGGAUCUUCAAAAGUUUAGAGAGGAUUUUACAAAGUUCCUUAAGAUCAACUCUGAAAAAGUUCUUCUUCCAUGUCCUUCAGGGGCUCAAGAACAUUGAAUCAUUAAAAGCAGGAACAGUUUCUUCAGAGGACCAAUGAUUUUUUCUUUUUUUUCAGACUGGAUGACUGCAGGUUGUCAGAGAUCAGCUGUUCUUCUCUGGCCUCAGCUCUGAAGUCCAACCCCUCCCAUCUGAGACAUCUGGACCUGAGUUACAACAAUCUGCAGGAUUCAGGAGUGAAGCUGCUGUGUAACUUUCUGCAGAGUCCAAACUGUAAACUGGAGACUCUGAAGUAAGUUUAUUGUUUGUCUGUUUCUGGUGUAGAUUUUUAUGUUUAUUCAGUUUUUUUAACCCAAUUCAAAUGUUCAUAUAGUUCUAGAAUAUUUCCAGAACUUUCUUCUUACUCACAUAAAUUCAUAGUUUUUAUUGAAUCAGCAGUCAGAUAUAGAUGAAGGAAAAUGAGCACUGUGAGUUAUUUUGUUGAUUGAAUGUUGAUAAUUUUUUUAAAAUGGUUCAGAUGAUCACUGCAGUGAUGUUGACGGGUUUACUUCCUGUGUCUCUAAAGCAUUUAAAUGUUCAAGGAUGCAGUGAACUCACUAUCCAUGCAGCUCAGGAACACAGCUCAUCUUUAGGGACACAGACAGAGAGACACAGAAACACAGACAGAGACACACAGACACUGAAACACAGACAUGGAUUUCCACUUUGUCACUUUGCUCCAAUGACUGAAGUCACAAAAACAAAGUUUUCUUUGUCACUUUUAUGAUUGAACCAAAUACGUUAAAGAUCCAAACUCUCAGAUUUUCUUCUUCCCAAUAUUAUUUGAACCAUUUAGAUUUUUCUUCUGAUCAAUAUUCAAUUAUCAGAUUUAUCAGGUUCCUGUUUUGGCUCCACUGCCUCUUUUCUGCCAGCUCAAUAACUGGUCAUAUGGUUUGAAAGGUUCCUGCAGCAAAACCCGAUUAGAGAGUGGACUAAAUGAAAUGUGAGUGAACUCAGCCAUCAGUGAAUAAAUGACAAAGUGAGAGGAAGAGUGGAUCAGUCUGCUGUCUGACCUUGUUGAUCCUGAUGAAGGUGAGGGAGAAGAGUAAAGCAGUAAAGGUGAUGUUGUUGCAGACAGAGUCAGCUGACCUGUCUCAUCAGAGUCUCAUCCAUUCUCUGUUUGGCAGAGCGCUGAUGUUACAGUCUGAGAGCACAUUCAGGUUCAGCUUCACAUGGGCUGGAUCUGCUAAAUACAAACUCUUGAGACCAGUCUGGUUGAGGGAGGUCUGCUCAGUGUCCUGGGUGACUCAGCACAUUUAGCUCUCACUGAGCUCUUCUUGGUUGAGAGUAUUUCUGGUUUGUCUCUGACUUCCAUGAACUCAGAUCUGGAGUAUUGCUGGCUGGUCCGGUCCAGUGCUGACAGUAGAGACAACACAGUCUGUUAUUCUGGGUUGAGUGUUAUUGUUGAAGACCAGUGUACAGUGAGGGAUGAAGGCAGACAAAGAUCCUCCUGUUUCCUCCAUGUUCAUUUUGAAGACUUUUAUUGAUCCGAGCGCUGAAGAGGAACAGGAAACGUGGAGUAGAGAGUGAGGGAGGACUUACAGCAAAGGAUCAUGGGAGUCCGACCAGCAACAACUGCUGCAACAAGGACUCCACCUUCUGAACACCUGAACCUCUAAUCCAAACCAGUGCUCCAUCACAUUUGAUGUCUUGUCUGUUAUUUUACAUGGAGGGUCAGAGCAGACCAGAUAAUGAGCUCUGACAGACUGGAUCUGGUCCAAAGGUCUCCUGUUGGAGUUCUCUAAGCUCCAUAUUUUAAACCUGAACGUGUGAAGUUUGAUUAUUUAUUAUUUUUAUCUUCAUUCUUUUUCCUUUUUUCAGAUUGGAUAACUGCAGUUUGUCAGAGUUCAGCUGUUCUUCUCUGGUCUCAGCUCUGAAGUCCAACCCCUCACAUGUGAGAUAUCUGGACCUGAACAGAAACAAACUGAAGGAUUCAGGAGUGAAGCUGCUCUCUGCAGGACUGGAGAGUCCAAACUGCAGACUGGAGACUCUGAAGUCAGACACCAUUUCCUUCUGAUCUGACAAUAAGAUGUGACAGCUGCUGCCUUAGAUUUUUCUCUGUGGUUUUUCCAUCAACUUUGGUCGAGCAGUUUGAAUUUGUUGUUGUAAAACUUCAACACAGGAAGAAAAAUCCGACAUUUCAGAGUCGACUUUGAGGAGAACGAUGGAUGUAGAAAGGAAGCAGGAGAAAAUCAGUCCCACAAAUAUUACACAUGCUUGUAGAGGGCAGGAGCAGCACAGACUAAAGGCUGAUAUUGAACUGAUCCACAGUUAAUGUGAUCACUGAUGAAUGAAUGAAGUGUCAGAGAAAUGAUGAGCUGCAGAUUGAAACCUGAAGAACAAAGUUAAUCCAACUCUGGAUAUUUCAUUUGGAAACUCUUGAAAACUUGAAUUUCUUCUUUGCUCAGUCGUGUUCAAAUGUAAAAACCAGAUCCAGAUUUUUCUGCAGUUUUCACUUCAGUUUGUUGAACAUUAACAUCAUCUUGUCCAGUUGGUCCAUAAAAACCUCUUUGAUCAAUGAUCUGUUGGUUUAUUUACGAGUAGUUUGACAGUUGUUGACAGCAGACAGACAGAGCCCUGAAUCUACUCCUGACUAUUUUAAUCUUCAUGAAGAAUUCAGGACUACAAAAAAACCUUUGAGAUUUCUCACAUUAGUUUCUGAGGAUCUCACUAAAGUUUUCUGUUUCUUUAAAAUUUUCUCGACUGAAAAAUUCCUCGGGAUACUCAAAAAGUUUAGAGAGGAUUUUACAAAGUUCCUUAAGAUCAACUCUGAAAAAGUUCUUCUUCCAUGUCCUUCAGGGGCUCAAGAACAUUGAAUCAUUAAAAGCAGGAACAGUUUCUUCAGAGGACCAAUGAUUUUUUCUUUUUUUUCAGACUGGAUGACUGCAGGUUGUCAGAGAUCAGCUGUUCUUCUCUGGCGUCAGCUCUGAAGUCCAACCCCUCCCAUCUGAGACAUCUGGACCUGAGUUACAACAAUCUGCAGGAUUCAGGAGUGAAGCUGCUGUGUAACUUUCUGCAGAGUCCAAACUGUAAACUGGAGACUCUGAAGUAAGUUUAUUGUUUGUCUGUUUCUGGUGUAGAUUUUUAUGAUUAUUCAUUUUUUUAACCCAAUUCAAAUGUCCAUAUAAUUCUUGAAUAUUUCCAGAACUUCCUUCUUACUCACAUAAAUUCAUAGUUUUUAUUGAAUCAGCAGUCAGAUACAGAUGGAGGAAAAUGAGCACUGUGAGUUAUUUUGUUAAUGAAUGUUGAUGAUUUUUUAUCGAUGGUUCAGAUGAUCACUGCAGUGAUGUUGACGGGUUUACUUCCUGUGUCUCUAAAACAUUUAAAUGUUCAAGGAUGCAGUGAACUCACUAUCCAUGCAGCUCAGGAACACAGCUCAUCUUUAGAGACACAGACAGAGACACACAGACAGAGGGACACAGACAGGGAUUUCCACUUUGUCACUUUGCUCCAAUGACUGAAGUCACAAAAACAAAGUUUUCUUCGUCACUUUUAUGAUUGAACCAAAUAAGUUAAAGAUCCAAACUCUCAGAUUUUCUUCUUCCCAAUAUUAUUUGAACCAUUUAGAUUUUUCUUCUGAUCAAUAUUCAAUUAUCACCAGUCUGGUUGAGGGAGAUCCGCUCAGUGUCCUGGGUGACUCAGCACAUUUAGCUCUCACUGAGCUCUUCUUGGUUGAGAGUAUUUCUGGUUUGUCUCUGACUUCCAUGAACUCAGAUCUGGAGUAUUGCUGGCUGGUCCGGUCCAGUGCUGACAGUAGAGACAACACAGUCUGUUAUUCUGGGUUGAGUGUUAUUGUUGAAGACCAGUGUACAGUGAGGGAUGAAGGCAGACAAAGAUCCUCCUGUUUCCUCCAUGUCACAGUUCAAGUUCAUUUUGAAGACUUUAUGCCUUUUAUUGAUCCGAGCGCUGAAGAGGAACAGGAAACAUGGAGUAGAGAGUGAGGGAGGACUUACAGCACAUAUGUCAGAGUCAAGGCCCGCGGGCCACAUCCGGCCCGCGAGAAGGUUUUUUACGGCCCCUGGGAUGAUCUUGAUUUAUUAUUAGAACCGGCCCGCAGACCGCAGCAAGCCGGCAGCCCGCAGAUCUUUUACACGCACCAAUACUACAUUUCCCACAAUGCAACGGUGACGCACCGAGCAGUAGGCUGCUUCAUUUCAAUAUUUAUUAGCACAGCAGUCGUCAGCAUAACAGUAAAAUUAACUUUCAGAUACCCAUCAAAAAUGGCAAAACGGAAGGUGGACACUGAGAACUGGGGGUUUGAAACAAGGUGGGAGUCGGAGUAUAUGUUCACGGAGGUAGCUGGAAAACCUGUGUGUCUUCUGUGUGGAGAAAGUGUGGCGGUACUGAAAGAGUAUAAUCUGAGACGACAUUAUGAAACGAAACACGCGGACAAAAACAAGAAUAUGGACAUGGAACAAAGGCUACAGAAGGCCGAGGAAUUAAAACGAUAUUUUAAAAAUAUUUCAGUUGAGUGGAUGGUAGAAAAUUGCUAUUAUUAUUUUUUUCUUUGAAGUAAAUUUAGCCCACUUUUGCUAAAAUAGAAAAUAUAGGCUACUGAUGGUGCCUUGAAUAAUACCGGUUUCUUUCAUUUAAUGUUCAUGUUAUGGGGAUUUUUAUAUAAAGGAAAUUUGUCUUUUGUGUCUGUUGAAAAUUAAAGAUUACUGACAGAGCCAUAAGAAAAUAUUUCUUUAUUUAUCUGAUCAUAUUGGAAUAUAUUUGUUAAGUUUUCAGUAGGUUCAAUUAGGUUCACAAGACUAUAUGCGUCAUUUAAAAAAUUUUCAAUGAACAUUCGAUCAGUCCGGCCCUCGGCUUGUAGCUAAAUUUUUUAUUUGGCCCUCCGUCCAUUUGACUUUGACACCCCUGACUUACAGCAAAGGAUCAUGGGAGUCCAACCAGCAACUGCUGCAACAAGGACUCUACCUUCUGAACACCUGAACCUCUAAUCCAAACCAGUGCUCCAUCACAUCUGAUGUCUUGUCUGUUAUUUUACAUGGAGGGUCAGAGCAGACCAGAUAAUGAGCUCUGACAGACUGGAUCUGGUCCAAAGGUCUCCUGUUGGAGUUCUCUAAGCUCCAUGUUUUAAACCUGAACACCUGAAGUUUGAUUAUUAUUUUUAUCUUCAUUCUUUUUCCUUUUUUCAGACUGUGUGGCUGCAGUUUGUCAGAGAUCAGCUGUUCUUCUCUGGCCUCAGCUCUGAAGUCCAACCCCUCCCAUCUGAGACAUCUGGACCUGAGUAACAGCAAUCUGCAGGAUUCAGGAGUGAAUCUGCUGUGUGACUUUCUGCAGAGUCCAAACUGUAAACUGGAGACUCUAGAGUGAGACUUUUUUCCUCCAUUCAAACAUUAUCAUGAUUUGUUUGUGAUGAUGACACUAAACUGCUGACUCAGGACUGAAAUACUGACCCAGACUGAACACCUUCAGUCCAGAGUAGAUUUUCUGCAUCAGUGGAUUAUGUGAUUGACUCCAGUUAGAUCACUGCUGAGCUCCAGUGAAUUAAAACCUGAACCCAAGAAGAAAACUCUUUGUAGAGUUCACAGUGAGAAGCACAUUCAGACAGAAAACAGAAGCAGGGGGAGAUUUGUCAGACGAGAACCAUUCAAACUUUUGUUCAGGACAAGAUCAGGGAAUAGAAAAAACUCAGAGUUUAGUUUCUGACACUGAUGAAAGUCCAGCUCUGUUACUUUGAAUUUUGAUUGUUUUUAAAUCUUUGUGUGAAAAUCUGAAUUUGAUGGUUUAUCUGCACUUUUCUGAAGCCUUGCUGUGUUUAGACUGAAAUAUUUGCCCCUCAAAGACGUGAUAUUUUUGGUUCAGCAAAGUGAAAAUAUUCUGAACAUCCUUUAUUUCCCAUCCAUCCUGAAGUCGCUGACAUUUUCUGAAAAUAUUGAGCUGCAUCUCCAAUCAGUAAAAAAGUCUCCGAGUUUGUUUUUCACUAUUUCAUGUGUUUUUGAAUUCACUGUUUCAAACUGACUUCCUGUUUGGUUCAGCUCUUUGGAGCGUCACUUUUCUUUGAUUCAUACUUUCCAAAUCUUUCCCCUGAACUCUACAGAUUUAAGACAUUAGAUUUCAAACUGGAUCAUUUUUCUCUAAAAUCUCAUUAUUUCCUCUUUAUUUAGGUUGAGGAGCUGCAGUUUGACAAAGAUCAGUUGUUCUUCUCUGGUCUCAGCUCUGAAGUCCAACCCCUCCCACCUGAAAACUCUGGACCUAAGUUUCAACAAUCUGCAGGAUUCAGGAAUGAAGCUGCUGUGUGAUCUUCAGGAGAGUCCAGACUACAGACUGGAGACUCUGAGGUCAGUAUAGAGUUGGAGUUAGUCUGUGCUGAUCUCUCCUGUUCCACUCCACACAGUAUCACAGCAGAUAUUCAGUAUUUCCUGCUGACUCUUCGACCCUCUCAAAGGAGUCUUUCUUUUGUGAAGCUGUGAGAACAGAAAUCAUCAAACCAGGAGUGUAAGAGUGUCAGUGAUGAAAAAAGUGUCUCCUCGUCUCUAUAUUUCAGAUCAAAUGUAGAAAUGAGACAUAAUGAAACAGAAAUGUUCAGUUUCUGCUCUGAAGUCCAGUUUAUAGUUCUCUGUUUUCAACACAGACUUUAUUUCUCUGCUAACUUGUUGAUUUUGACCUCUAAGUUUGAAAACAGACAGCUGUUCUUUAUACUUGUUAUUUUCACAGCAGGUUUGUUCGAUCAGCUUUAACACAUUUGACAGGAAGGAUUUCUUUAUAUUGAUGAUGUUGGUUUAUUUGUGAGGAAACCUGCUGGUCUGUAAACUGGAUGUUCUUCAGUCCAGCUGAUGAAGUGAGUCUCAGAGUGGAAACACUGAUCGUCUUUUUUUCUCCCCUCAGAUGGAGGCCACUUCUGUCAGAGUGA